AUGAUGUUUAACAACUGCAGCUGCAGUUCGGAUGAUCCCGAAAAGUUGCUCACCCAUUUGAACUGCAGCCUGGGUAGAAGCUGGCGACGUCGCACCUUCUCGAUUGAGCUAAAGUUUCGUCAGCCUGUGGCAAAGUUUCUUGUUAACAUGGCCAGUGUGCUGCCACGAGUUAACGGUCCGGAUUUUACACUGUUCAACCUGAGCAACAUCAAUGGCUGCCAAUUGCUGGCCAACAAAAAUCAGAUACCGUUUAUACAGCUCGGCCGUCUUACAAUGGAGAGCUUCAGUAAUGUGCCCAAGCGUUGUCCCUUUCCCAAGGACGAGCUCAUCUAUGUGCGCAGCUUUCGCUCCAAUAUGCAGAAUAUGCCCGCUUUCAGUUUUGAAUCGGAUAUGCAUAUACAUUUCGCAGUGCUCGUUAAUGGCAAUAAGAUCAUAAAGGGCUUCAUACAGAGCCGCGUUCAGCAUCAUCGAAGCGGCAAAAGGGACGAACUCUUGUAG